GCCUCGCUGAGUUGUUCUUCGCUUUUCCUGUUUCUUCUUCUUGAACGAAAAAGAGGGUGUGUGUCUUCACCUCCCGUCUUUCGAGGCUUAUCCCCUCCUUGCCUGCAGAAGUCCUUUUUCGCCUGCAGGCUCCUUUUUUUGAGUCCUGGCGCGCGUCUCGUGUCUCUCUCUCACUGACACAGCUAGAUCGUCGCGAAGACCUUCUGCCUCUUCCUCUCGUCCGUUCUGCGAGCAGAUUUCUCUCCUUUCUCGCGCUCAGCUACUUUUUAGAGGUUCUUUCGUCUCUCUCCUGUGACCUCUCACUUUCCAAGUUCUCGGCCUCUCGACAGCUAUCCAGACGAGCGAGCAGCGCGUCGGCAUGUCUCGGUGAAGGGCGCUUGGGAGACGUUUGACUCUCGGCGUCGGCUUUUUCAAGCUCGGAAAAAAGAACGCAAGAGGAAAAAGUCUUCCGAACACUUGCGAGAAGACCAGAAGCUGUUCCUAAAAAACAGUUAUUUCUGCGUCGUCGGAGAAGAGUGAGAGCAGUGAGAGAAGAGAGAGAAGAGAGAUAAGAGGAGAGAGCGAGAAGAAGGAAUUUUUCAGGGAUUUCCAGUUUUUCAAAGACCGCGCCGUUCCGGUUUGUGGGGUCGACAUCCUGGAGGUCUUUCUUCCGGUGUUGAGGCAGGAAGGAAGGAAAGUGAGUUUUGUUUCUUGUCUUCGACCUUCUUAUUUGAAGAACGACGAGGACUAACUGCUUCUUCUAUCUCGUCGGAUUCUUUGGUGAUCCCUCCUUUUUCAAAAGGAUUUUCUUCACCAGAGUCGACGCUCCUGCGACAAGACGCCGCCCCAGUCUGCAUCUCGCUCUUUCCUCUCCACCUUUUCUUUGUCACAUCUUCUUUCAUCUCACCGUCUCCGUCUCUCUUUCCUCCUUUUUCCGCCGUACGAUUGGAAACUUUCAAACAGAGAAGCAGCCGGGGAAAGCGAUGACGCCGGGUGUAGCUACAAGGGACGCCAGCGCCGGAGGAGCGUUUCGCGACCUCUCCAAGGGUGCAGUCCUUCAGUGCGUGGAAGCUGCUACGCUUGGCAUGCCUUUUGAGGUUUGGAAAACGCGCAUGGGCAGGUAUCGGAGUGAGUCGACCGUCGAGGCUUUCCAGCAAAUUUACAGAGAAGGCGGUGUGCGAGCGUACUGGCGAGGCUUGGCGCCGAAGCUCGUGGAGUCCGCCUCGAAGGGGGCUGUGCUGCUCUACUCGAAAGAGUGUAUUUUGACGUGGACGAGACGUCUGGGAGCGUCCGACACUCUCAGUGGAUUCGCUGCAGGCGCUGGCGGAGGCAUUUGUCAGACCGUCGUAAUGGGGCCUUGUACCUACAUCGUCACUGCUCUCGUCACGCAAGACAAAUCGCGAGGCUUGAGCGUCUCGGACAAAGUUCGAGAAGUUCUGAAAACGAGCGGACUGAAGGGAUUCUACUCCGGCGGAACUGCGGUCGCGUUCCGCCAAGCCACGAACUGGGCGUCUCGGCAAGGCUUCACCGAGUGGAUUCGAACGAAAAUGAAGAGAGGAGACGAAGAAGCGAAACUCUCUAAAUCACAAGAAGUAGUCGCGGGCAUUGUCGGCGGCACACUGGCGACGUGGAAUCAGCCGUUCGAGGUGGCGCGAAUUCAGAUGCAGUCUGCUGCGAACGAAGGGAAGCAGAGACAGACCCUUUUCGAGGUCUUCAGGACCAUCUCAGCUGAGGAAGGAGUGCGGGGGCUCUUCAAAGGCGUCGUUCCUCGCAUAGGUUUGGGGAUAUGGCAAACCUUGUUCAUGGUGACAGGAGCAAAACUUCUGAAGGAGUCUCUGAACUGGUAGCGAACUGUCGACGAAGUCCCCAACCUAUAUAAACACACUCAUAUAUAUGUAUAUAUUACAUAUAUAUAUAUAUGUAUAUAUAUACUGACAUAUAUAUUGGUAUGCAUAUAUCUUUAUGUGGCGUUAAGUGCAUAUGAAUGUACCUGCAUGUCUUUGGAUGCAUGCAGACCCACACCUGUUUCGGCAGAAGAUCCAAGAGGAUCGAGUGUGACUGUUGCUCGGGUGUGGAGUGUAUUUGCGAGUGGAGUUUUACCCUCUCUCGCUUUGAGAAUGGAAGAGACACCGGCAAAUCACGUUCAGGAAACGUACAUGGAGAGCGAACAGCGUCUCCAUGUGCUCGGGGCUGCUGCUCUGAGACGCGUAGAGCUGUUGCUGUUUUAUCCAUUUUGGCCUCCUUUGUCGGGGGAUCUGCGGUGCGGAGGCUUCGCUGUGUGCGUGGAUCCGCUCGAGAAAACCGUGGACGGCUUGCCUCUGAGAUCCUUCCUUCCACUCGGAUCUGCAUCGAACGAAGUUCGCAGUCCUCAUGUGGUGAACUACCGUGCUGGGAACGCGUCGAGAGAUGCUGCAAGUUUCCUGCUUUCAGGUUGCCAGUUGCAGAGUCAUCUCGCGUCAGGGAUGCUCGAAAAACUCGUUUCACAGUCAAGCGAUGCAUACCCCGGCGUAACGUCCUCAACAAUUCGAGGUUCCAAAUGGACGCCGGGAGUCAAUGAUAUCUUUGUUAUAUAAACAUAUAUGCAUAUAUAUAUAUAUAUGUGCCUAUGUGUAUAUAUAUCUAUAUAUAUAUAUAUAUAUAUAUGUAUGUGUAUAUGUAUGUAUAGACGAUUUGAGUUCUUGUUAUCGGUAGGUGUAUUCCACAAGCAUAUAAUGUUGAAUUACUGGGUCUUGGUUUCAAUUUUUCCGAGAAACAGGCUAUGAGAAGAACUCACCACAACAGUGUACGCGGAAAGCCAGUUCCGGUGUUUUGAAGUGUGCGGCACUCAGUAAGGGGGUGUCGAACGGGAGAGGCACUGGAUUUGCCGGUUGUUUCUUCGGAAGCGACUGAGAAGUUGAAGUCGACCUGUGCGUCUUUCGCUCUCGCUGGAGGGAGUCCCUGUCUUCCGCCUCUCGUGACAGGGGGGUAAAGAGGUAGUACACAAGAGAGGUAGCUGCCGGUGUGAAAAGGUAGACACUGCGUUGUUUUCUACAGUGUAGGUCCCGAAGGCGGUUCUAGCAACCAACGUGUCGGGAGAGCGAGUUUCUUCUCUUUUCGUAACAAUGUGUACAGGGAGUGACGCGUUUUUUGUGUCGGUUCUUGCUGUGAUGGCAAGAGAAAACUUUUGAACUCAACCGCAAGCAGGGCUUGAGGGCGCCGAGCUGACGCUCUCCUCUUUCCUUCUGAAAAUGGCUUCGCUGCGCUGCUCGCAACAAUCCAGAGCACUCGAUGUGCACAGCGACACCAAUUGUAUUCCACUUCGACUCAUUCACCUAAAUCUCUUUUUCACGUGCGUUUCGAUUGUGCUAGCGAAACUGUCGAAUUCGCAUUCGUCGGCAUUUCUUUCGAUGCGUGUUCACAGUGACUUCAUAUACAGACCAAUGCCGCCACGGUGACCGAGUGCGUACCUCCGGCCAUGGAAAUAAAGAGCGCUGUGUCAUUUUUGCGUUCUUCCAUCCCCGAUUCUCCCUUUUUUUCCUCCAGUCUCGUUUGACUCUCUGGUUGAGUUCCUUUUUCUCUUUCGCGACACCCCUGUCCGGCUCGCCGGAUUGUCCAGAUCGUCGCGGAGUCCUGUGAGUCGAUUAACACCGGAUCAAGGCGC